AUGCCGUUCUUCAAGAACGUCUUCAAGUCGAAAGAUGCCUCCCGGUCAGGCUCAAAAGCAGACGCCAGCAGUGCACCUGCUGCACCGCGGCCACGGUGGGAAGACGCGUGGUCUCGCACCGACGUUGCACCAGAAGAGAUACAAGAGCUCGUGCACGUCUGCACCCACGAGAUGAAAUCCAGAGCCGUUGACAUGCCCUUCAUCCUCCUUCCUUUCCGCCCCACCUCAGACACAAGUGCUUCCCGCAACUUCGUGCGCAGUUUCUUCAAGGCAGCCUAUGAAGGAACAAGGCAGUUUCGCGGCGAGAGCCUGGCGCAGGAGCUGCGCUUGGCCGAGCCAUUGACACUCUGUAGCAUCAUGAAAUGGUGUUGGAGUCGAUUGCCAGGAGGCGUCGUGACGUGGGACGUCUAUGAGCUCUUUCGCAUCGGCGAGUCGGAUUCUAACCUCGCACGACACGCCUUCGACACAUUCGUUCCCCUCAGUGUUGAAUCCGACGCACGCAAGCGCAUCAUCUUUGACUUCUUUGACCUCUUGUCUGCUGUCGCAGCAAGAGGCAAGACAAAUGGCAUGGGUGGCAGGAAGCUGUCGCGCAUGGCUGGCUGGUGGGCCUUUGAGUUCCACGAUGAUGGGCAUGGCUUUGACGGAGGAUACCGCACAUGGGAGAAGGCGGCAGAUGCUGCGAGCCAUCUAUUCUUUGCCUAUCUUCGAUCACUCUCGCCCGACGCGAACAUAGUAGGCGGCAUCUCCAACCUACCGCGUUCCCUGCAGUCACUGCUUUCACAGACUGAAUACCCACCACAAGCACCUACGCUCAUGCAAUCUCGCACAACAAAAGUAGUCAUGAUCGUCAACUCUGUCUCACCCACACCGUUUUCCCUGCUGCGCCGCGCAAAGAACUUUGAGUAUCGAGAUGAUGAUGCGGCAUUGCAGCAAUUCUCAGCUUACGAGGAUACUGUCAUGGCUCUGACGGACGAAUGCCGCAGGGUACUAGAGUGCAUUGCUUCCGUAAACCAGUCUGUGACAUCGCCGGACGCUACGACUCCAGAUCCAUCAUGGUCGCGAUUCGAAGAUUUCGGGUUUUCUGGACUCCUUGACGAUUCCGCUAGCAGUACUAAUGGGGCAUCGGCAACGGGCAGUCCACGUGAAUUUUCAGGCCUUCGAAAUGGAGCUCGCUCCAAAGAGACGGAUUUCGGUCGUCCCACCACCCCGUCCUGGGCCGACUUUCUUUCCUCCGGAUUUGCCGACGAGAACAACCAGACUUCGCCUACUACGUUGUUGCUCCCAACACAGAAGCUUCCUCCGCUUGGUGAGCCAGCUCGUGUACACAGCUCCCAGUCACAUGUGCGCAAUGGACUCGGCUCUGAGGAAGAUUUGGAACCCGGUGAACUUGCAAGCAUCACAGCAUUCGAUCUGGAUGAAACGUUCUGGUGGGUGUGGAUGACAAGUCUCGCCAACGAGGAAACGCCAAACCGCAAGGCCGCUUUCGGUAGAUGCACACUGAUUGAGACGCGGAUACCGGGUGGCAAAUGGCUCGUGAUGGAAGAGCAGGUCAAGGGUGCCGCUGCGGGGCCUGAGGAAGGCGCGUACAUUGCAGAGAAAAAAUCAAAGUUCAGCUUCACGAGGCGGGGACGUCUGGGACGAAGAAAAUCUACCGGAAAAAAGACAGUGCCGGCCGCAAAGGACCCGUACAAUCGAACGACAUCAAACACACCAUCGAGCACUAUUGGCGCAGACCAGCAUGCAAGGAUCCAGGCCGCAGCUGCAAAACUGUCACAAAAGGAACGGGACCAGAAAGCAGCGGAACAGCUUGGCCAGCGCCGGGCCCGGAUGGACGAAGCCUCCUCUAUCAAGACAAACAGUGUAUUGACGUUACAGCCGCACCUGCUGAGCGAAGCCGGACCCGCUAUGAAGUGGGAUAAGCGAUUCGGAGAGGGCGCAAUGGAUAAGGACGCCGUGCGUGCGCAUUAUCUUGGAGACAUCAAUGCUGGGAAAGGUGCAAGGAACAAUUUGAGAUCUACAGCCAACGGACGGUCCUCUCCGCUGCCUCCUGAGGUCUCGAACCGCGACCUGCCCGCGCUGCCUCAGUCGCAAACAAAUCUGCCGGCAUCCAAAUCUCAGGUUUGGCAAUCACCUGCGGCUAACACCAGCCAAGACGUCACUGUUACCCCGGUGCCGUGGCCCGAGGAUUCUCCACUCCCUACGCCACAGCUAGAGCCAGAGGGAAAAGCUUUGCCUACCACAGAAAGCGUCGAUUGGCAUCCGGCUCUGAGAGCGCCGGCUCCUGAACGAAAAGCAAUCACCCCUGUUUCUUCAAACAUUCGUGCUAGUGAAGAGCAGACGACGCAAGCCGAACCGAAGAAGCUGGAAAAGAAGAAGAAGGAAGGUGGUGGCGGUUUCAGGAAGCUAUUCGGCAGGAAAAAGACCGACACAUCUACACCAGUCGGUAUCAACCAGCCAAGGCCGUCCCAGGAUGACUCGCGUGUGCGGGCGCUUGACGCCGCUCGAAGCACGUCUCGAAUCUCACAUCACGACCAGCAAUACCGGGAGCCAUCGUCAGCAAUCAGCAUUGAACAGGCCGAGCCUGUCAGAGCACGAUCUCCAGCACUCGAGCCAAGUCCGGUUGCUUUCGAGCAAGUACAACCUACCGCAGAACCGCCUAGUCCACCAUUUGCACCCGGUAGCACUGCGUUUGAACAGCAUGAGGCAGACCGUGCCUUCUCGCGAUUUGAUCAAGGUCCCAUGGAGGACAUGCCAGCCUUUGUUCCCGAGGACAGCGACAACGAAGAGCAUGGCUUUGCACCUGCUAUUCACCGUCGACCGGUAGGGCAGGAGUCGAGACUACCGCGCCCAGUCACGCCCCCCCAGCAGCAGGCCGCCUAUGCAAGAGACGACAUGUCAGAGGAUUCAGUUGAAGUUGGAAGACAAGCGUCGCCUUCACAAGAUAGGUGGGCGCAGAUCAGGAGGAACGCUGCUGAGCGCGCAGCACGACUUAGCGAAGAACAGACUCGUCGCAGCCGAAGCCAGAGCCAGAGUCAGCGCACCGACGAAGGGGAGACUAGUGGUGAAGAGACGAUUGAGAGCCGUGUUGCACGCAUCAAAGCCCGUGUUGCUGAGCUAACAGGCAACGUCGAUGGAACGCCAGCCAGGCCUGGUGCUGGUGUCGUGCGGUAG